AUGGUGAAGCUUGAGAUCUGCGGCAUCCCCGUGGAGUUCCCGUUUCCGCCCUAUGACUCGCAGCUGAUUUACAUGGAGAAAGUGCUGCUGGCACUCACCUCCAAGCAGAAUGCCAUCCUUGAGAGCCCGACUGGCACCGGCAAGACGCUAUGUCUACUGUGUGCAACACUGGCCUGGCGUCGCGAGCUACAGAAAAAGUUAGGAACUAACACAUUGGCACCGGCGAAGCGUCCAGGCCCAUCGCUAGCCUACGAGGGCUACGGCAGCGAUGGAGAGAGCGAUGCGCCGCAGUUGCCAAGGAUUAUUUACUCGUCCAGGACCCACUCGCAGCUGAAACAGGUAGUUCAGGAACUCAAAAACACGUCCUACCGCCCCAACGUCGCAGUGCUCGGAUCUCGAGAACAUCUUUGUGUGAACGAAAAGGUGUCCAAGCUCCGAGGCACGAGGCAGAACCUCGCGUGUCGAUCUACAUGCAAAGACAGGAGGUGCAUGCACAAGUUGGGCUUUGAUUCGUACGCAAAGCGGUCGAAAAAACAGGCACAGCCGAUCAUGGAUAUUGAAGAGCUCGUGACGACGAUGAAGGAAAAGAUUAUUUGUCCUUUCUUCUUGACUAGGAACAUGCUACCUGAAGCAGAAAUCGUAUUUGUGCCAUACAACUACCUCAUCGACCCCAUGGCACGACGGUCAAUCGGCAUCUCCAUCGAGAACUCGAUUUUAAUAUUUGAUGAGGCGCACAAUGUGGAAUCGAUCGCCAGCGAGGCUGCGUCGUACGCUCUUUCAUCGAACGACAUCUCUGGCUGCAUUUCAGAAGUUGACACGUUCAUUAGAGGAUUAUCUACUAACAGCAUUCAGCUGAACGCGGGAAGUAAUUUGACUUUGGAGGACUCAGCAGUUUCCCGUUGUCUACGAAUGGAGGUUUUACCAAGGUAUCCUGGACAGUAUAUUUUCGAGUUCUUCGAGCAGUUCAACGUGAACUUUGAGACGUGCCCACUCGUCCUGAGCAUGAUUGAAGAAAUUAUUGAAGUGGCGCACGGUGGAGACGAUUCACAACGAGCUGCAUCGAAGCUCGAUACAAUGCUUUCGUUCUUGGGUACCAUCUUCCGGAGUAAGGAGCAGCACCUACAGGCAGCGAAGAACUAUAGAGUUCACAUUCAAGAGAUUCGAGAAAGACCUUCAAAUUCUGGGCGGCUGUUCAAUUCUGGACGAAAAAACAAGACGACAACAACCCGCGUAUUCAACUACUGGUGCUUCCACCCUGGAGUGGCUUUUCGUGAAAUCUGCACAAACAAUGUCCACAAUGUCAUUUUAACCAGUGGAACACUUUCUCCGCUGGAUACGACUGUCAAAGAACUUGGCAUUGACUUCCCGGUCCGGUUAGAGAACAACCACGUGGUCGAUGCUGACCAAGUGUGGGUUGGUGUGGUGGGCACGGGCGUCACAGGCAAGAAACUGAAUUCCAGCUACAAUUUCCGCUCGACAGAAACGUACCUGCUGGAGCUGGGCAACACCAUUGUGAAUUUUACCCGCCUGGUCCCGCACGGCCUGCUGGUCUUUUUCCCUUCUUACUCCAUUUUGGAAGAGAGUAUCGACAAGUGGCAACGGCCUGCAACGGGCCAGUCAGCUUUAUCCAUUUGGGACCGUAUUGUUCAGCAAAAGCAAACGUUUGUGGAGCCUAGAGGACGAGCGGAUUUUAAAGCGGUGGUUGACGAAUAUCACCAAGCUAUCGCAGACAAUCCCAAGGGCGCAGUUUUCUUUGCAGUGUGUCGAGGAAAGGUGAGUGAAGGCAUUGACUUUUCCAAUGAUAAAGGCCGUGCGGUGAUCAUCACCGGUUUGCCUUUUCCGCCGACGAAAGACCCGAAGAUUAUGCUGAAAAAGAGCAUUUUGGACGAAGCCGUCGUGUCUCCGGGUGAACUGAAAUUGACAGGAAACGCGUGGUACAUUCAACAAGCAUCCAGAGCAGUGAACCAAGCUAUCGGUCGAGUCAUUCGACACCGUCACGACUACGGAGCAAUCAUUCUGCUAGACGAGAGAUUUGCCUUGAAACAGCAACAGGAGUGCUUAUCAAAGUGGUUGCAGCCUUACUGCCACACGUGCCGUGGAUAUGGUGAAGCGCAUAUCGGCUUGACCCGCUUCUUCAAAACCAACAAGACGAGAGCGGUACCAGAAUCAUCGAAGAAGAUUCUGCAGCAGCCGAAACCCAUUGGCUUAUCCAAAAGAGCAAUGUCAAAAUCAUCCAAGAUAUCGUCGGACAACGAAAGUGAGCAAAUCAGCCAGCAGCUAAGUUCGUCGCAGCUCUCAAGACAAAGCUCGCAAACAGCGAUCGGAGAUGGCCAGACCUAUGUAAACCCCCUGCUUCUUCGGCAUCCACCCGACUCGACUGACAUCACUGCUGCGCCUCUAAAACGUUCACUAGGGUCUUUAUUGAUGUCCACAUCGAAGUCAGCUAUGGUGGACGUGACGUCUUCGAUUGCACGGCCGUUUACGGCACCCAAGAUGAUGAAUAGCGUCGGCUCUGCUGAUGGCGCUAUUGUUGUUAGUAACGGCGAUGCGCGAUCGUGGCAAAGUGCGAAGCAGCAGUUUGCAGCUAAACACGAGAGCGGAAAUGACGACAACGACAAGACGUCUGCAGCCGAGUUUCCUGCUGUGGCAAGAAACGUACUUCAGCCUCCUGACGUGCCGAAAUUGUAUGGCUUCAUUCGACAGCUUCGUGCGGGGGAAGACGUGGAAGCAGCUCUGAGUGGAAUAUGCAAUCUCCUGCGCGAUCCGGCGUGCAAAGAGCUUCUGGACUUGAUGCCGAAAGUGUUGAACGGCGUAAUGUGCGACCGCUUUAUUGAGGCAGCUCGAGACCACGGGUUGGAGGUGUCGGUAGGAAGUUCAGCUCAAGGUUCUUCGGCUCGAGCGCAGCCGACAGAUAUGUCGACGUUCUUCGAACGACUUCAACAAAAGAAGAGAAAGACUUACCGUGAUCACGUUCCCACUGCGGCUGUCGUAAAGGACCCACAGUGCUUUGUGUGCUACGAUAUAACGCGCAAGGCCUAUGCGUCACAGUGCGGACAUAUUUGCUGUCAUCCUUGCUGGAAAAAGAUGGAGAAGGAUGGCUUCACCUCCUGUCCAGUGUGCAAGAUCCCAAUCAAGCUAGAACAGCUAAGUUUGAUUCGAGCAGCGAAAGAUUCGUGA